AUUACAACCUAUCUACAUUACUUCAACUCAAUAACAACCUAUUUACUUCAUCUCCAACAAACCAUACCCAACAUGUCCCGCCUCACCGGAAAAACCGCCGUCAUCACCGGCGGCGCCACAGGCAUCGGCCUCGCCUCAGCAAAGCGCUUCAUCUCCGAAGGCGCCUUCGUCUUCAUCUUCGGCCGGCGCCAGGACCAACUCGACGCGGCUCUGGCCACCCUCGGCCCCAACGCCCGCGCCAUCCAAGGCUCCAUCUCCUCCCUCUCCGACCUCGACCGCCUCUACGCCGCCGUAAAAUCCGAGCGCGGAACCCUCGACAUCGUCUUCGCCAACGCCGGCGUCGGGAGCCAACUCAAGCUCGGCUCCAUCACCGUUGAGCACAUUGACGAAAUCCUCGAUGUCAACGUGAAGGGCACAAUCUUCACCGUCCAGAAAGCCCUCCCCCUCAUGGGUCCAGGCGGCUCAAUCAUCCUCACCGGCUCCAGCGCCGGCACCACUGGUGCCCCGGCAUUCAGUCUCUACGGGGCCAGCAAGGCGGCCGUGCGCAACCUGGCGCUGACGUGGGGGGAGGAUCUGAAGGGGACGGGGAUUAGGGUUAAUGUGCUGUCGCCUGCUUGUACGGCGACUGAGUUGGCGAAGGCGGCGUUGGGGGAGGAGGGGAUGAAGGUGUUUGCGGAGUUGAAUUUGUUGAAGCGGAUGGCGGAUCCGGAGGAGGUGGGGGCGGUGGCGGCGUUUUUGGCGUCGGGGGAUAGUAGUUUUAUGACUGCUAGUGAGGUUGCUGUUGAUGGGGGGCUGGCGCAGAUCUGA